GCGUUCUUAAUUUAUUUAUUUAUUUUAUUAUAUAUUUUUUUUUUCACGCUACGCCUUCUUUAAAAAGCUGGCGUCCGACCAUAGCCCUCCAUCCGGGGGAGCGCGAAGGGGGGCGGCGAUGGAGGAGGGCAGGCGGGAGGGCGAAGGGAGGGGAGCGGCGGCCGCCCCAGGUGCUGCUGCUGCUGCUGCUGGUGAUGGCGGUGCUGGUGGCACUGGUAGCACUGGUGGUACUGGUGGCGGGCGUCCCCACCGCAACAUGGCUGGCGCGGAGCCCUUCGGCGCCGUGCUGGGCGCCCUGCGGGGCUGCUACGCGCAGGUGGCCCCGCUGGAGACCUUCGUCCGGGGGCUGGGGGAGAGCGGCGCCGAGGAAGCCGAGGUGGUGCGGGACAGCGACGCCGCUUCCUACCGCACCUUCGUGUCCCAGUGCGUGGUGUGUGUCCCCCACGGCGCCCGCGACAUCCCCCGGCCCUUCAGCUUGGAGCAGUUAUCUAGUCAGAGCGAAGUCAUCUCAAGAGUCAUGCAGAGGCUGUGUGGGAAAAAGAAGAAGAACAUCCUCACGUAUGGAUACUCCUUGCUGGAUGAAAACAGUUCUCACUUCCAAAUCAUGCCGCUCUCAAACGUGUACAGCUACCUGCCCAACACCGCAACAGAAACCAUGCGUAUCAGUGGCCUCUGGGAAACGCUGCUGAGCAGGAUAGGGGAUGACGUGAUGAUGUAUUUAUUGGAACACUGUGCGAUCUUUAUGCUGGUUCCCCCUAGUAACUGUUACCAAGUCUGUGGGCAACCAAUUUAUGAACUUAUUUCGCAAAAUGUAGAAUCAGCCCCAGAGUUUGUUAAACAACGGCUUUCAAAGCACAAACGUAGUAGCUUGCUUAAGUAUAUGCAGAAAAGGCUAACGUUUCACAGACAGUAUCUUUCAAAGUCACGUCAGUCGAAACGCAGGCAAAGACUUGAAGCUAAUGUCUCCAGCGUGAGAAAUAAAACCAGCAAUAAUAUACAAAGCCUAGGGUCCGCUGCUCUGGAAAAACAGAGUAGCUCCAAUGCAGGUUUGUCAGCUACAGCACCGUCCUUAAAAAGGAAGCUUGCUAGGGAGCAACUGGAAGUCACGGCUAAGAGAGCAAGAUUAGAAGAGAAAGAGAGGGAGGAACAGGCUUGUAAUACUGCUCCUAAUGUAAACCAGAGCAUUCCCAAGAGGUAUGGAACCGGCUGUGUAGCAUCACGUUCUGUAAGUCUGACUAAAGAAAAAAACAUUUCUCAAAGAAGUAACAGUGAUAUGUCUCGUCCUUCUUUAGUUCACAAUUCUCAUCGCGGGAAGAAGUCUGUGGCAGACAAAAGCUCUUUCCUGCAAGGAGCUGAGAGUAACAGACAUUUAAAGCCCAGCAUUGAAAUGCAAGCAGGAUCCAGCAGGAAGGGAGUGGAGACACGCAGGCCUAUACCUCGGUUGGAUUGGGUACCAAUCGAACCGGCGGAAAGUAGUUCUUCAGGACACAAAAAGCAGGAAGGUCCCCUAGCUCAUCUGGCAGAGGAGGUACCAAAUAGGGUUUUGCCAUCUACAAUAUACAUUGACAGGAAGUUUCUGUAUUCUCGCAGAUACUGGGGGGAGCGUUUCCCGAAAUCCUUCCUAUUGAAUCGCCUGAAGGGUAGCCAGGCAGGUGUAAAGCGGCUAAUAGAAACGAUAUUCUUAAGCCAAAAUCCGUUUGGGCAAAAGUGCAACCAAGGUCUGCCACAGAAAAAACGGAGAAAGAAGAAGCUUCCCAAACGCUUCUGGAGAAUGAGAAGUAUAUUUCAACAACUCUUAAAGAAUCAUGGAAAGUUCCCUUACGUAGCUUUCUUGAGACAAAAUUGCCCUCUUCGGAUAUCCGACACCAUUUUGGGAAAAGCCAAGCUGCUCAGUCGGGCACCUUUGCCUGGGCAAGCAGAGGCUCGCAAGCAAGCAGAACAGCUUGGGAAGGAGCCUGCUGAGCGUGUGGCAAGCAGCAGAUGUGAAUCUGGUCACACCAACGUGCCCAGCAGCGUACGCGCUCCUCUCGCAGCAUCUGCGUGUGGGGAGCCGGGGGGUGAGGAGCAGAUCCCUGCAGAGGCGUCUGAUUCAGUCCUCAGGGAGCUUCUCAAGGAGCACUGCAGCCACUUCCAGGUGUACCUCUUUGUGAGGGAGUGCGUGGAGAGGGUGAUCCCCACCGAGCUCUGGGGUUCAAACCAUAACAAGCGCCGGUUCUUCAAGAACGUGAAAGCGUUCAUUUCCAUGGGGAAGUACGCUAAGCUUUCCUUGCAGGUGUUGAUGUGGAAGAUGAGAGUAAAUGACUGCAUGUGGCUUCGUCUGGCCAAAGGUAAUCACUUUGUUCCUGCCUCUGAACACCUUUACCGUGAAGAAAUUUUGGCUAAAUUCCUAUACUGGCUGAUGGAUACGUAUGUUGUUCAGUUGCUCAGAUCAUUUUUCUAUGUCACCGAGACCAUGUUCCAGAAAAACAUGCUCUUCUACUACCGAAAGUGUAUUUGGGGCAAGUUACAGGACAUUGGAAUUAGAAAGCAUUUUUCCAAAGUGAAGCUACGUCCUUUAACUGCAGAGGAGAUGGAAGCGAUCCAUCAAAAAAAAUACCUUCCUAUGGCGUCAAAGCUCCGUUUCAUUCCCAAAGUCACUGGACUAAGACCCAUCGUCAGAAUGAGCGGUGUUGUUGAAGCACAAACGUUGAGCAAGGAAAGCAGAGCAAAGAAGAUGAAUCACUACAACAUGCAACUUAAAAAUUUAUUUAGUGUGUUAAAUUAUGAACGAACUAUAAACACCAGUUACAUCGGCUCUUCAGUGUUUGGGAGAGAUGAUAUCUACAAGUCGUGGAAGACGUUUGUUAAAAAGGUUCUCAAAUCAGAUGGUGAAAUUCCUCAUUUCUACUAUGUAAAGGCUGAUGUGUCCAGGGCUUUUGAUAGCAUUCCUCACAAUAAACUUGUGGAAGUGAUUUCACAGGUCUUAAAACCCGAGAAAAAAACUGUCUACUGCAUACGGCGCUAUGCAGUGGUUAUGAUCACUGGAAGUGGAAAAACCAGGAAGUUAUAUAAGAGACAUGUUUCUACUUUCAAGGAUUUUAUGCCAGACAUGAAGCAGUUUGUGUCCCGGCUUCAUGAGAGUACCUCAUUGCGAGAUGCAAUAAUAGUUGAACAGAGCCUAACUUUCAAUGAGACAAGUGCCAGUCUAUUUAAUUUUUUUCUUCAAAUGCUAAAUAAUAACAUCCUGGAAAUUGAGCGCAGUUACUACUUACAGUGCUCUGGAAUUCCACAGGGCUCCCUUUUGUCAACCUUGCUUUGCAGCUUGUGCUAUGGAGACAUGGAAAACAAAUUAUUCAGUGGGGUACAGAAGGAUGGAGUCCUGAUCCGUCUCAUUGAUGACUUUUUGCUGGUUACACCACAUUUAACGCAUGCAAGAACUUUUCUAAGGACUCUAGCAAUGGGCAUUCCUGAGUAUGGCUUUUUGAUAAACCCCAAAAAGACAGUGGUGAAUUUUUCUGCUGACGAUAUCCCAGAAUGUUCUGAAUUUAAACAGCUGCCAAACUGUCGUUUGAUCCCAUGGUGUGGCUUAUUAUUGGAUACACAGACACUUGAGGUUUACUGCGAUUACUCCAGCUAUUCCUGUACUUCUAUCAGAUCAAGUCUUUCCUUCAAUUCAAACAGAACAGCUGGGAAAAACAUGAAACACAAAUUGCUUGCAGUCCUUAAACUGAAAUGCCAUGGCUUGUUUCUCGAUUUACAGAUCAAUAGCCUUAAAACAGUUUUCAUUAACGUCUACAAGAUAUUUUUACUUCAGGCUUACAGGUUCCAUGCCUGUGUUAUUCAACUUCCAUUCAACCAGAAAGUUAGGAACAAUCCUGAUUUCUUCCUCAGAGUCAUCGCUGAGAAUGCAUCGUGCUGCUAUUCUAUGCUAAAAGCUAAAAAUCCAGGGUUUACUUUAGGUAACAGAGGUGCAUCUGGCAUGUUUCCUUCUGAGGCAGCAGAGUGGCUCUGCUAUCAUGCCUUCACUGUCAAACUGUCAAACCACAAAGUUGUUUACAAAUGCUUGCUGAAGCCCCUGAAGUUCUGUAUGAUGCAGCUAUUCCGGAAGAUCCCAAAGGAUACUAAGGCACUACUGAAGACAGUGACAGAACCAUCUAUUUGUAAAGAUUUCAAAUCUAUCCUGGACUGAUAAAGGUUUAUUUCAUAAUCCUUCCAGGUUUAAAAAUAAAUGCUGUGUUUUUAGAUGACUUUUCUGUAGUUUAUUUUGGUAGAGUGGACUGAAAGCAAGUUUACUGGGAAACUGUGUUUUUCUCAGAUACCAGACAACAGCUUUAAAAGAGUAGAUUAUUUUGCUAAUUUCUUUUGUGUUUGGGUUUUCCUGUAAGCUCAUAGGCUGGUUGAAGUACAGCCUGUGAAUGCGUCUUGGUUUCCUUCAGUAAUUUCCAUCUUUUUGAUGAAGAUAUCUUUAAGUUGUCUGUAAAAACAGAUUGACUUUGUUUAUUGAGUAUUGUUCCUGAAGAACUGUUUUUUGCUGCUGUGUUGCAGACUAUUUUAUAAUAAACUGUCUGGGUAGUUGCAAAAUUCA